UGGAAGUGGCGUACAGGGCGAGUGUGGGGAAGGCGUCAUCUGCCAUGGCGUGGAACCCUUACAGCCGGCGAUGGGAGCAGCAUCGCCACACCGUAUGGAAGGCCACCCCGUGGCUUUCUCGCCCCAUGCAAGCUCCCUCCACCGACCCCCUCAUGCAAUUCUACGCUGCCACCAGCCUCCCUCGCUCCCUCGUGCAAGUGCUAGCUGGCGAAGCAAUCAAGCAUGCGACCCCGCUGACCAAUCGCAUGCUGACACCUGGCAGACAGCUGGAGCUCUUCACCGUCUCCAGGGAGAGGGCAUGGGCGGUGGUGAAGCAGCGGUGGAUCAAGCAUCUCGAGUCAGAGCUCACCAAUCACCUCAAAUGGCGCUAUGAAGCGGAGCAAGUGAGAGAUCUGGACAUUCAUCUCACCGUGCACUCCGUGUCUGCCAAGGUGCGCUCUCUCCCUUGCCCUCCUUCCCACUCACUCUCUGCUCCCAUUACAGAGCAGCCCAUCUUCCUACCAUCCUACGUGGCAUCCUACUAUCAUGACAGCUGGCGACACACAGCCGUCAUCGCCGCCACGUCAGCACCAUCUACCGCGCCAGCUGUCGCUGCGGACCGCCUCUUUUCCCAACCCAAAUCCACGCUGGCAGCAGCGGCCGCACUGACAGCUGGCGCCGCGCUACUGGACCUGGUUCUCCUGGGAGGCGGCGUGCCUUGCCUUUUCCACCCGGCGUCGACCGCAUGGUGGAUGACAGUUGGAGCGCUCUCAUUGGCGGCUGGGUGGCUUGCCAGGGUGUCCCCUCGGCUUGCUGUGAUUCGUCGGGGCGUGCAGCACGCUAGGGAGGUGGCUGAGGUGGCAACAGGAGGGGGGCUGUGGGGGAAAGGAGGGGGGAUGGAGGAGGAGGAGGAGGAGGAGGAGGAGGAGGAGGAGGAGGAGGAGGAGGAGGAGGAGGAGGUGGGGGAGGAGGAGGGGGGUAAGUUUGGCAGGGCGGAGAGGGGAGAGGCGAGAGGGCAAGGGGCAGGGGGAGGUGAAAGGCGUGAGAGUCCAUUUGAGAGCCCGUUUGAUGGAUUUCCAGGGUUUGGCAACUUCCGGGUCUUCCGCCGAGCCUUUGUGAGUCCGGAGGACGUGUGGAGGGAGUUUGAGCGCAUGGCUCGGGGAGGAGCCUCGUCGUGGCCUGGAGGCAGCUUCGACGGCAGCAGAUACCAGCGCACCCAGCAGCAGCAGCAGCAGCAGCAGCAACAUGAGCAGCAGGAUAGCCGGCAGCAGCAGUGGCAGCAGCAAUGGGAGCAGCAAUGGCAGCAGCAGUACGGGCGGCAGCAGCAACAACAACAACGGCAGCAGCAGCAGCAGCAGGGGUCAAGGCAGGCGAGGUCAGGGCGAGCAAGUUCAGACCCCAAGGGGUACUACACUGCUCUGGGACUGGCCGGCAAAGGGCGGCAGGCGAGUCAGCAGGAGAUCAAACCUGCUUUCCGCCAGCUGGCGAUGGAGACUCACCCUGACAGGCAGCCUGACGCUGGAAAAAGGCAGGCGGCAGAGGAGCGGUUCAAGAGGAUUGCAGAGGCGUAUGAGGUGCUGAGGGAUCCCUCCAUGCGCAGUGCGUAUGACAGCAGUGGGAUGUGA